AGAGUGACCGAUCAAACAAUUCAUCAUAAAUACGCAGUAUUUCUUUGUUCACAAAAACAAAUCACAAACGUUUCUUCUUUCGUCCCAAUUGGUCUCCUCUUUUUUUUUUCCGCGGCUCCCUCUGCGUUGUUUUCUAAGCUGUUUUUUGUCUGACCUUCAUGAUUUGGAGAAGCAUCACUGCGCUUUCUGUUUCCUCGGAAGUGGGAAACAAGCACAUCACUCUUUUCUUGAUUCUGUGUCCCCUCAUCCAGAGAUCCUUUGGAACCCUUGUUGCAUUUGAGAAUUACCUUCUCUUCAGGGUAUUGUGAGGUGUUUUACGUUUUCCAAUUUUGUUCUUGGGGUAGAACCAGUGGAGCUUUUCUCCCCCUGUGGGUGACCUGACCAGAGGCGGGACAUAUUUUGGGCAUCCUUGCAUUUGUAUUAAAAUUUGAAACAAGUAAAAAACUUCUCAUCGCAAAGGAAAUGUGAGGUUUGAAGCCAAGACACUCUUCAGUUAGCACUACAAAUCAAGCGAGCAAGUGCACGACCAGUUUAGCUCUACAACUUCAACAAAUAUCUCGGCUCAUUAUUUUUUAUGAUUCUUUUGUGAAACUAAAUAUAAAAAAUUCAUACCCACAGUGUAACGGGACCCUGUUGCCGCAUUGUCUUGACCUCCCCAGGGCUGACUGACUGAUUCUGGACCCAACGUUUGGUUUUUGAAGUGAAAAUGGUUUUCUUGGAGUUCUCGGGUAAGACUUCUAUCCAGAGCAAUGUGAUUCCAUCAUUGAAACCGCAUGAGGUCAUGGUGCCGACUGAUGUAGGUUUGGACUUCUCUGAUGUGUUUGGUCCUUUUCCUGCUCAAUCACCAAUCUAUGAAAACUGUGUAGGGCCAGAUAUUAUUUACACCCUUUCUCAUUCUUUGAUCGGUCCAACAGAGCGUACUAACAAAACACAAAGGCUUAGUAGACUCACGCUACGUGAGAAUGAGGACUCUCUGGUACUUGUAGCGGGAGCCUCUGAGGAGACCAAUGGGAAAAGCCAGUCUUCAUUUGAGAGUGAUUCUAAGGUUGAAGAAGACACUUUUUAUUUUCCAAAAGCAGUGGUUGGUCUUGAUGACUUUGAGGUCUUGAAAGUGGUUGGCCAAGGUGCGUUCGGAAAAGUUUAUCAGGUGCAGAAGAUUGACACUUCUGAAAUAUUUGCGAUGAAGGUGAUGCGGAAGGAUAAGGUUUUGGAGAAAAGUAAUCUUGAGUAUAUGAUCAGUGAGAGGAAUAUACUUACCAAAAUUGAUCAUCCUUUCAUUGUGCACCUUAGGUACUCAUUUCAGACCAAAUAUAGACUCUACCUUAUUUUGGAUUUUGUUAAUGGGGGACAUCUUUUCUUUCAACUCUGCCGUCAUGGCUUAUUCAGAGAAGAUUUAGCACGUGUCUAUACUGCUGAGAUUGUAUCUGCUGUUUCCCACCUCCAUGAAAAAGGAAUAAUACACAGGGAUCUUAAACCUGAAAAUGUACUUCUGGAUGUAGAGGGUCAUGUUGUAAUAACUGACUUUGGUGUUGCCAAGCAAUUUGAUGGGAACUCCCGAUCCAACUCUAUGUGUGGAACAUUGGAAUAUAUGGCACCUGAAAUUAUCCUUGGGAAGGGCCAUGACAAGUCUGCAGACUGGUGGAGUGUGGGAGUUCUCUUGUAUGAGAUGCUCACUGGAAGGCCUCCCUAUUUUGGUGGGAACCGACAGAAACUUCAGCAGAAGAUCAUAAAGGAUAAGAUUAAGCUCCCUGCAUACUUGUCCAAUGAUGCACACUCGCUGCUGAAAGGGCUAUUACAAAAGGAGACAAGCAAGCGCUUAGGCAGUGGACUGAAAGGCAGUGAUGAGAUAAAAGCCCACAAGUGGUUCCGCCCCAUUAACUGGAAGAAACUAGAAGCUCGGGAAAUUCAGCCCAGUUUCUGUCCCAAAGUUGCUGGGAAACACUGUGUAGCCAAUUUCGACAUCCAAUGGACUGCCAUGCCCCUGCUGGAUUCUCCUGCUUCCACUCCUAAAGGACAUGAAAAUCCUUUCAGGGGUUUUACUUAUAUGAGACCCGGACAUCCACACAACCCUUCCAAUCAUCUUGAAAUGAAUUCAGGUAACAUUUGAUAAACCGUAAUGAAAUGUAAUCAAACACUUCAUCCCUUUCAAAAAGAAAAAGUGAAGUUCCAAUCUUGUUUUCCUGUCCAGUUAUGCUUUAAAAGUCGAUUUUAAUUUUUUAAAGUAAUUUGUUUGUAAAGUCACUCCAAGUAAUUUUGGAAAUAAGUUUUAGAGGUAUAUAAUUGAUCAUUUAUGACUCGUAAAAGUAAAGCAUCUACUGUGGUCAGGUUGAAUAAAAACAAUAAGUUGUACCUCACUUAAUCAAGACUGUAUUUUAGAAUACAGUAUAUUUUUAGUGUAUAUUUACAUUAGACACUCAUUUGGUUACGUUACGAUUUACCAAAUGUUUUCUAAACACAUACUGCCCGCUUUUGCCGUUAAGCGCAGUCAUUUACUCUUCGGUUGGCAUUGUAAUUUUGUCUUUUUUUCUAUGCUGUUGCACCAAACUACACAUCUAAGUGAUGGAUUUGGGGUUCAGCAGAGUUACUUCACUAACCGUCCAGAUAUAAUCUGUACCAAAAUAUUAUAAUUUAGAUUAAUAUGGACAGUUGAUUAAGUAACCUCACGUGAAGUAAAUUGUAUAUGGUUGCUUAGUUUCUGCUGUUCACAUUGUAGAAGUGGAUUGUAUGUAUUUUGGUGAAAACGGAGUUGGCAAAACUGGUAGUCUGAUAGUGCAUAUGACAAUUUGAGCAAAUAAUUCCUUUUUAAAUCAUUGUAUAACUUACUUUUACAUAGGGUCAAUAGGGAUGUAUGAAUGUGUCCGAUCUGUUUCCGGUCUGAUAUUGGCGCUACCUGUAACUGGGGCUCAAAAAACUGGGCCUGGUUUUGGUAAAGAACAGGGGAUGGUUUUCGUUAUGUCAGUUUUAAUUGGGGAUGCUAAAGAAUUAGUUCCUCCUGGGGAUGGACCCGGGCCGGUCCGGUUCCGGGCUGGGCCCGGGCGGGCUUUUUUGCAAAUCCUUGGGCCCGGGUUGAUACCGGGUCCGGGCCUAACCGGGCCGGGCCCGGUUCAAUGUCUAAUUUUUUUUUUUGCUUUCUUGUUAUCCCCUGACCCCCACCCCCCAAACCUCCCCAAAAUACCCAGCCCUACGCUAGGAAAAGAAAAAAAAUUGAAAAAAAAAAUUGACCCGGGCCCGGCCCUAACCGCCUGGCCCGGUUCGCCCAAAAUUGGACCCGAGCCCAGCCCACCUGACCCCGCCCAAACUGGCUAAAAGUCUGGAACCGGCCAACCGGUCCCGGUUUGGUCCGGGCCCGCACAGUAGCGGGCCGGCCCGGUUCAACCGUUUUAUUUGUUUUUUUCUUUAUAAAACAAGCUAAAAACGUGUCUCGAACUAGAAUUGGAAUCGAUUGAGAAUCGGAAUCAGACUUGUGUCCAUUCUUCCUGAUACAAAUUAAAUAUGCAUCGGAUUGGUGGACAAGAACCUGAUUAUACAAAUAAGAAAGUUCCACCUUUCCAUAACCGAACCCAAAUCGCCUAUAUUAAUGUGCACUCAGAUUUAGUUUAUAAACCAUAUUAUUGAGUCCGAAAAUUCAGCUAAACUCUCUACAUGUUUUAAUUAGAACUUGAAUCGAACUGGAAAAGAUCCAUGUGAAGCAUGAAGACUUUGUCUAAUUUGAAUGAGGUAAUUCACUAUGCACAAGUCAAAUGUGCAGUGUCUUUGACCACAUGACAAGUGAGUAAUUAACAAUUUACCACGUAGGCUUUAAGCAAUAAAUUUUAGGGAAAAGUAUAUUUUCAGAUAGGAUCAUGCGUUUCAUUUUUUUUAUCAAAGUUGUUCACGUGUUUGAGUUCCGUUAUCACAAGAGGAUUACACCGUUAAAAACAUUUGAGGAAGAUGAUUAAUAGUAACUCCGAUUUUCUAAAGUGCCUGAAAAAUUAAAAGAAAAAUACCGGAAGGUUUGCCUCAACAAGAUGAUCAUUAGGCCAUCUAUUUUUUUGGAAAUAACAAUAAAUAUUUUAAGAUAUUUACGGAUAAGAAAAAAUUCCACUUUUGAUCCCGUGACUAUUAUACCAUUUCCCCAUUUAGUCCAUUACUUUCAGAUUGUCCACAUUUAGUCUGUGACCAUUAUCCCCUCAUCACCUCUCGUCCUUUCGGUCAAAAUUUUGGUAAAUUUAAUGUAGAUUUUAGAAAAUUUAUCGGCUGAAAAACAAACAGGACCAUUAUGUAAGGCUAUAUAUUAAUUUUGAAAACUAAAAGUUAAGGGGACGAAUACAUAUAUAUCUAAUUAAAGUAUGAAAUUUUUUAUGAAAAUACUUCAUAUAUAAUGGAAAAUUUUAAAAGUUCAAGUGGGGCUGUCGCCCCCCACGCCCCCCCCUAAAUCCAUCUCUGGCCCUAAGGGCCCCAGUAGGGGCAAGGACCAUAGACUUGAAUAGAAUUAAAUUUAAAUCCAAUAAUUACUUCUUUCUUUAAUGAUGAUCGUAUGCUUGUACUCGUUAGAAUGUCAAUGUCAAACUAUUCAAAAAUAAGAAAAAGGGUCUUAUCGAUACCCAAGGUUAACCUCAACCCAGCCCGUCAAUAAAUUUAAUCUUCCAUCACAUUAUACGUAUUCACCCAAUCAAUUCAGUUUUUUCCUGCGACCCAACAUCGUUAAUAUAUUCACUUAGCACAUACUUUUUUAUAAUUAAAUGCAUAAAUCCUUACAUUUUUUUACAUCAUUUAUGUGACAAUUUUAUUUUUACCAAUAAUUAUAAUUUAAAAAGUCAAACAUUUCGAUGUAAAAAUAAAUAAAUUUAGAGUUUAAUAUUUUUUGUUAUUUCAGGCCUAUAUUUUAAAAAC